AUGCCCGUCAUUCCCGAGUCGUCAGACUUCCCAUCUGUACCCCAAAAGGGAGAGUCGGACAAGAAAGAUGGCAAGGACACACAGAAAGCUGCUGCACAAGAUUUCCUCUCAAAGGGACCUCAGAUCCCAGAUGAAAUGCCCCCCACGGCAUCGAGGGAGGAGAUUGAAGCCCGCAUGAAGGAACUGAACAAGCCUUCCAACUGA